UGUCCGAUUCGAAUCAAUGCGCAAAGUCUGCCCACGUAAUGCUUUGACAAAACGGUUAGAAUGUUGGUACAUCUCCAGAGCAGACUUUGCCUUUGUUCUUCUGCUGGGAUCAUAUUGCUCUUGAAAACCUAAUUGGAAUGUAAGGCUUGUUUGAUUCCCUUACUGACCCAUAACCCCUAAUAUUUCAACCUUUCAUCAAAUUAACCACUUGGUUUCAUCUGGAGUAACCCCAGAAUGUAGGCGCUAUGCUUAGUGGCGAAGUACCCAGACGGUCGAGAACGCAACAAUAUAACCUGACCUAGUUUUGCAUAGUAUGAAAAACUCACAGGUUUAACACGGAACAACGUCAAGUCAUUACUGAUAGCGUAGCAAAAUGAGAAUUAAGGAGGAAUUAACACGGCAGUGUUUGCCUCAAUGCUCUGCUUCAUUGCUCCACGGACAAAGCGAACACAAUUGUAGUUGCGCAACUCUACAGGGGAUGCGUCGUGGAGUCAGAUAGUGGAUCGAGAGAGAGAAAGAGAGAGGGAGAGAUGGCAGGAGGAGACGUGAAGGCUCUUGCAGGAGGAUGCACACUUGGUUCAAGUGUAAUAGCAACAUGGCACAUUUACAAGCAUCUCUGCAAUUACACAGAACCCAUGUACCAACGAUACACUGUUCGCAUCAUCUUCAUGAUCCACGUGUAUGGGCUCAUGUCAUAUUUGGCAUUAGUGAGACCGAGGGAAGCAAUCUAUUUCAGCUCUCUAUGUGGAAUAUACGAGGCGUGGGUGAUCUACAACUUCACGUCAUUGUGUAUCGCAUUUAUUGGGGGUCCAGGGGCUGUAGCCACCAGCCUUCACGGCCGAUACCUGAAGCCCUCGUGGCACCUCAUGACUUGCUGUUGUGAUGCCAUCCCCCUGGAUGGGGUGUUCAUUCGACGAUGUAAAAGAGGGGUGCUCCAGUUUGUGAUUUUGAAGCCGUUGUUGGUGGCAGCAACACUGAUGUUAUAUGAAUCGGAUCUGUAUGAGGACGGCAGUUUCUCCACAACCAAUGGUUACCUAUACAUCACCAUCGUGUACACAUUUUCAUACACGCUGGCGCUGGCAGCUCUGCUGUUGUUUUAUGUGGCCUGCAAGUCCAUGUUGCAGCCAUUCCAGCCGCUCCCAAAGUUCCUUAUCAUCAAAUCAGUUGUCUUCUUGACCUACUGGCAAAGUGUCAUAAUUGCUCUUCUUGCAAGUGGUGAUAUAAUCAAGACAGCGCAAGACGCCCUGGAUGUUCAAAACAUCACCAUUUGCAUCGAAAUGUUGUUUGCGGCCGUUGGGCACCUAUAUGCAUUCCCCUACAAAGUAUAUGCAGAUUCUAACAUCAACGGCGGAGGAAGCCUAACCUACAGCAUUUUGCAUGCACUCAGUUUCUCAGACCUUGUCUACGACACCAUGCAUCAGUUUGCACCUACAUACCAGGAGUAUGUUCUGUAUAGCAAUGGCAGUGAAGAGGCACCCCAACGGCACAGGGUGCCGAUGCUCAUCCCAAUGGGGCUAGGCCAAGAAAUGGACCAAGUGGUGAGGAACAAUUCUAUGACUCAGAUUCUGAGCUUUGGUGAGCCAGAAGGAGCAAAGACGAAUAUUGUGGGAGUGUUGGACACGGAAAGACAAUCCAUACCUGCAGGUGAUCGCAGUCCGCCCACCUACAGCCAGAUGCUAGCAGAUGUGGCAGAUGAUUACCGUGCUUCAGGAUCCACGACGAAGCCAUCGUCAGGCUCCAACAGUUUCUCCGACAACGACUUCAAUCCUCGAGGUGGUAUAAUUCCCCGACUGGACUCUCGCGGGGCAGCUCUUCCAGACCACAACAUCCCUGCUGCUGGAUCAGGAAAAAAUUUAUUCAGACAUUCGAGUACUUGGGACAGUCAAGCAAUGGAUAGUCGGAGAGAAAGUGCAGUGGAAGAAGAGAUCACAGAGUUAACAAAGCUUACCGAGCGGAGGGCGUCAGAGCAUGGACCUCUUGUAGACACAAUUGAUGUCAGGGGUGAGAACGAGGAAUUCUCUGAGGGUUUCAUUCAACGAUGA